AUGAAUGUCGUACAUCGGAAUGUCUUUCUUAUUCCUGAUAUCGGUUUCGAUAAAAAUGGCCCAAUUCGACUCAAUCUUUCCCAAGACUAUUCCCACUCUGCUGUAACUUUGAAUCUUCGUUUCUUCUGUACUGCAUUCGGAGGUUUUAAAAUGAUUAAACGAAAGGAAAUCCGAACGAGGCGGGAAACUUAUAAGCAAGAUCUUGAAUUACGUCGUCGACAAUGUUCCGACGCUCAGACUCUCACUCUUAAUGAGCUAAUUACGAACACUACUGAUCUUAGAGCAUCGCAAAGACCUCGUAUUUCUUGCGCUUCUGCAUUAGGCGACUGUUCUCCUUGCUUCAUUAUGUGCUGUGUUGAUGGCAAUGAAUUCUCAGUCAAACUUGGUAAUACAGAUGAAGACGUGUAUUACACCAUAGGUACUAAGUUUGAAGCGCCAAUUUUGUGCGCCAUAUGGAUCAAGGACCAGCAUAUUCUGCUAGGCUCUGCUAACGGUUACCUCUACUCUUUCAGCAUUGAAACUAAAGAAAUAGUUUGGGAGUUGAAGAUGGCAAGUGCCGUUACGGCCAUCGCUGUGGGUCAAUGCACCAGUUCUGCCAAUUGCGUUUUUGUUGGAAUGGCAAACGGUACUCUUAGUGUAAUUAUGGACAUAGUUGGUGAUACUGCUCCCCGGGAUCAAUUCAGUCAAAUUCUCGGUUUUACAACCGUCUCCUCAAUUGUUAUUAUCGAUGAACAAGCAUGGUGCGCCUGUGGAUGUUCUGUUGAGAUAUUCAGUGUGCUAACAUUCGACCAUCUGUGCAAAAUAACCAUCUCAGAUAAUCCUCUUGACAACAUAUCCGGCAUGGCGCCUAGUCCUUACGGUGUUUGGCUCUCCCUCGUUGGUAAAACUUCACUCAAAUUAUGGUCAACAACCACCUUUGAACCAAUCUCCUGCUGUGAUAUUGAAAAAUAUACCACGUCUAAAGUUGUUGAUAAUUCCGAUGAAAAUGAAAUUCCCGAUAGAAUUACAGCACUACUAGCCAAUGAUUCGCAUCUCUUCAUUGGCACUGCCUCUGGAAUUGUGUUCAUUUACAAAACGCUCAAGUGGAAAAAUGGAGUUUUGACCCAGAGUAGGAAUGAGCGAUUAUCACCUAAGGUGAAAUCAACUCCAAUCGAUAAUACUACUCCAAGAUCAUCGGCGGCAAGCUUGAAUGAAAAGGACUGGAAAGCAAAGGGAAGUUCGGAACCAGAUGAGCUCAAAAUUGCUCUAAAAUUGGAGAAAGAGCUCAAAAGGUCUAAUUCCCAAGCCUCCAACAACGCAUCAGCCGCUUUCAGUUUGUCAGAUCAAGUGUUAUCAAUAACUGAUUCGCCGCCGUCGACAGAAUCAAAAAGAAAGACCUCAUUGACUAAUUCCUUGAACCUCCUCUUAACUUCAAGAUCUCAAGUAACUGAAUCACCAAUUAGAGCCCUCCUACAAAUAAAGAAUAGACGAGGGAUCUCAAUCAUAUCCUUUUCCCAACGAAUCAAGGAAGAUGAUGCUAUUUUGAAAUGGGAGCAGACAAGUAAGAGUGGAAGUCAGUGGACCAAUAAACCCAUGCUCGAACUAUCCCCAAAGAACUCCCUUCCUAUACUUCCGGCUUACUUGAUGAGUGCAGUGCUGCGAAAAAAGUCCUCGGUGGACCAGGCUUCUUGA